CGUUAAAUCGACUAAUUUCAAAAAACUUUGAUUGACUUUAACCAUAGGGUUUGAAUCUCCCAGUCCGCCUUCUUUGUAUUUGAAUAUGGCUUCACUCUGAUCUCACUCAUUUCUUCAUAUCUCUCUAUCUCUCUCUCUCUUUCUCUCUCUCUCUCGCGCUCACUUGCAUCUUCUCUCUCGGAUCUGCUCUUGCUCGAGGUUUUGAUCGAUUUCAAUAGCGAAGAUUUGAACAUAUUCAGCCUGUUCAUUUGCAUUUCGCUUUUUUUCCAUCGGAUUUUCGGAUGAGAACUAAUUGUUGGCUCUUCUUUGGAAGAGUAGAAUGAUUUUGAGGAAAUAUUCGGGAAAGAGUUGCAGUGGAGUUGGAGUUGGGCUAUGCAGCUUUACCUGCUUGACGAAGAACUAUGGAAAGUGAUCCUCCGCUUUGUACUUCUUUAGAUGUGUCUGGUGACAGUGGUCAGAAUAUUCGAGCUUUGCAUAGCCGAAGAACAACUGGCCCUACUAGACGUUCCACCAAAGGCCAAUGGACAGCUGAAGAGGAUGAAAUCUUGCGGAAGGCAGUCCAACGUUUCAAAGGCAAGAACUGGAAGAAAAUAGCGGAAUGCUUCAAGGAUAGAACUGAUGUGCAAUGUCUACAUAGGUGGCAGAAGGUUUUGAAUCCAGAACUUGUCAAAGGUCCAUGGUCUAAAGAGGAAGAUGAAAUAAUUGUUGAAUUGGUGGAAAAGUAUGGACCAAAGAAGUGGUCCACCAUAGCGCAACACUUACCUGGACGCAUUGGUAAGCAGUGUAGGGAAAGGUGGCACAAUCAUUUAAAUCCUGCCAUAAACAAGGAGGCAUGGACACAGGAAGAAGAGUUGGCACUUAUUCGUGCUCAUCAAAUAUAUGGAAAUAGAUGGGCAGAGCUAACGAAGUUUUUGCCUGGCAGGACAGACAAUGCUAUAAAGAACCACUGGAAUAGUUCUGUGAAAAAGAAAUUGGAUUCUUACUUGGCAUCCGGUUUACUCGAACAGUAUCAACCCCUGCAUCAUGCAGCACAAUCAAGCUUACCCAUGCUUUCAUCCUCAAGGGUGCAAAGCAGUAUGGAUGAUAGCAGUCUCAGGGGGGCAGAAACAGAGGACAUAUCUGAAGUCAGUCAAACUUCAGCUAUUGGUGCUUGCUCCAAUACAAUUCCACGCACAAAAGAGGAAUGCCAAUUAGCCGAAGAUGCCUUUUUAAAAGACGAACCAUGCUCACCACCACAUUGUCCGGGGCAAUAUCAUGCGUCUUUGGACAACAUCACCUUUUCGAUUCCUGAAAUGCUCAGUGAAUUGGGUUGCUAUGUGAAACACCCUAACCACAAUUUCUCUCAGGAUUGCAGAACUUCAUCAACUGAAGAUAACCAAUAUAAUUUGUACGAAUUACCAAAUAUUUCUUCACUGGAGUUAGGUCAGGAGUUAUCACACUUUCAAGCAAAUGGAUCUCAGGAAGUAGAAAAUUCUCCACAUCAAACUUCUGCAGGAUUGAGUGCAUCUACCGCCGAAAAUCUGGUUACGGCUUCAGUUAAACCUGAACAUAUGCUGAUUUCUGAUUAUGAAUGUUGCACGGUCCUUUUCUCAGAUGCAAUAGUCAAUGAAUCUUUUCCUUCCGAAAAUACAACGGAUACACCGGACAUGGUUGAACUGAGUGGAUAUGCACAUCCUUUGCACCGUCAUACAAGCAUCGAAAUGCCAGAAAGUAAUAGAAACUUACCAUUGCAAUCGUAUCACCAUGAGAGAUCUGAUGUUCUGGAUAACUCAUGUUCACAACCUUUUCUAGCUCCUCUCUUGGUUUCUGCUAAUGAUGAUACUUAUGUAUAUACUAGUGACACAAGUCAUUUAUUUGAAACUCUCGAACAAGAGCUUGUAGCUAAUGGACGUGAUGGCUUUAUCUACACCAAUGAAUCCACCGACUCACCUCCCAAGAACGGUUUCAAGAAUGCAGAACUCCAAAAGCAGCAGGGUUCAAAGGAUCCAUCAAAGUUGGUUCCUGUAAAUACAUUUAGUUCUGAACCUAAAACUGCAGAAAGUUUGCCUUCAUUUAGUGGAAGAGAGAAUACACAUUCAGAUCAAUCGGACCUUAUUGGAGCUCUUUGUUAUGAGCCUCCUCGAUUUCCAAGUUUGGAUGUUCCAUUCCUUAGCUGUGAUCUUGCUCCGGCCGCCAGUGAUAUGCAGCAGGAAUAUAGUCCACUUGGUAUCCGUCAACUUAUGAUGUCUUCUAUGAACUGUCUUACUCCAUUUAGGCUAUGGAAUUCACCUACCCGUGAUGAAAGUCCUGAUGCUCUGUUGAAAAGUGCUGCUAAGACUUUCACUAACACUCCAUCAAUCUUGAAGAAACGCCAUAGGGAGUUCUUAUCUCCUCUAUCAGAUAAACGAUGCGACAAGAAGCAAGAGAUUGAUGUUGGCAUUAGUAGAACACCAUCUCAUACUAAUCCAUCACAGCAUACAGUCAGUUCUAGAAGCUCUGAAGACAAGGAAAAUAUAUGUCCUACAGAAGAAGUGAGGCAAGAGAAGCAUAGCGAUCUUUAUAACAUUUCGCAUAGCAAACGGCCAGAGAAAACUUCAGAUAGCUGUAGUUUCCUGGAGAACAAAUUGCAAGAACUGGAUAAUCCCGCGACAACCGACCGUAUCGAUUCUAUUGGCCAAAUAGAGGUUCAACAGCGUUCACGCAUCCUUCUUGAAUGUGACACAAACGAGUCACUCUCGUAUUCUACAAAUCAUGUUGGUGUUACUGAAAUGGAGUGUAGUAGAACCUCAACAGCUCUACAAGAUCAGGAUUUCCCUUCAAACUUAUCUGACGAUCAUUGUGCACUUGCAAAUUGUUCUAUUGCCAGUGGAACGAGCCAUGGAAGAACCCUUGAGGUUGCCGGUGAUAAUGCUUCAAAGGAGUCCUCUCUUGAAACCAUAACCAUAUUUGGUGGAACUCCAUUCAAGAGAAGCAUCGAAUCUCCUUCAGCAUGGAAAUCGCCUUGGUUCAUCAACUCUUUUCUAUUUGGUUCAAGAAUGGAUACUGAUGUACCAAUGGAGGAAGUAGGAUACUUUAUGAGCCCAGGGGAUAGAAGCUACGAUGCAAUAGGGCUGAUGAAGGAGGUAAGUGAACAGACUGCGGCUGCGUGUGCGAGUGCUCAAGAGGUUCUGGGAAAUGAAACUCCACAAUCCUUGUUGAAAGGAAGGCGUGGCAAAUAUGAGAAUCAUCACAAGGACAAGAAGAAUCAUUUUACCAACUCCCGUUCCACCUUGGCUCCCGAUAUUUUGACAGAACGACGGACUCUUGACUUCAGCGAAUGUGGAACACCUGGCAAAGGAACUGAAAACGGAAAAUCUUCUACUGCAACGACAAGGAGCUUCUCCAGCCCCUCUUCUUACUUAUUGAAAGGAUGCAGAUAGUAAGCAAAUAGCAUACAUAGUUUGAUCCCAACUUAAUUUAUUCACAUAAUGUAUGUUUAUGAUUUUGUUCUAUAUAUCUCUUUUUAAUUGUUUACUUUUCGGGAAAAGAAAGGACAAAACUUAUGGGGGAGUGGCAUUACGCUUUUUGGUGUAGCCAAUGUAUUCUUUAUUCAACAGAUAAAAGAAAAGAUGUAUUCACUAUUAA